UUCUAUUAUAUUCAUUGAUUUUCUCUUCAAUUCUAUCGAUCCGGCCGUCCGAAAAAGCCUUUUAUACAAAUCAACUACCCCAAGUAUCAAUUGGUGUUGUUCUUACUGGUCUUCUUCUUCUUCUUGUUCUUCCACUUCUUCCCUCCGUCGCAAAUUUCGGUGACGGAUCCGGCGGUUCAUGGCGGCCGCUAAGUUUCUGGUUUUCUCGCUCUUCCUCGCCCUACUUCUCUCCACUGCCUGGGCGGACGCCUCGGCCGACAGCGACGUCGAUGUCGCUGUGCCGGCGAGUCAAGUCACUGGAUCUACAGACCUCGAGACCUCCGCUCUGAAGAUCGAACUCGACCAACUCACGUCCAAGAUCCAAUCCCUUGAGUCCCAGAUCGAUAAGAAGACAAGGGAAUUGAAGGAGAAGGAUGAGAAAUUAGCUGAGAAGGAGAAGCUCAUCAAAGAUAAAGCAGACAGCAUUGGAACCUUGCAGAGUGAAAUAUCAUCCCUUCAGGAAAAAGGGAAGUUGGAUGAUUCUGAACAGCUGAACAAGGCCAAUGAACGAGCUGCAGAUUUGCAGAAGCAGUUUGAUACACUUAGAAAUGAAUUUGAAGCACAAAAUGCUGAGAAAGAGGCUCUGGGAACCAAAGCUAGUGAGGCUGAAAGGAAGAUUGAUGAGCUGAACUCUAGGCUAAAGAAUCUUCAAAAGAUUAGUGAUGACCAAAAGAGCAAAAUCCGUAAAACAGAGCGUGCUCUUAAAGUGGCUGAGGAAGAAAUGCUGAAGGCAAAGGUGGAGGCCAGCUCGAGAACUAAAGAGUUGAUGGAGGUUCAUGGUGCCUGGCUUCCUCCAUGGCUUGCUGUGCAAUUAGUUCGUUUUCAGUCUUUGGCACAGAAACAUUGGAAUGACCAUGGCAAGCCUAGACUGGAAAUUGUAGUCCAAAAGGCCCAGGAGAACAAGAUUAAGGCAGCAAAGUGGGCUGAGCCACACCUGGAGACAGUUAAAACUAAAUGGAUCCCAACUGCGAAGGAUCAGUGGGUGGUGGUAACAACUCAGGUUAAACCACAUGUGCGGUCACUAAGUGCUAAAACUGUUGAAGCUUACGAGACCUCAAAGACUUCAAUUACAGCUCACUUAGUUCAAGUACAAGAGAUAGUCGACCCCUACUUUCAGGAAGCUAAGAAGUUCAGUAAGCCAUAUAUCGAUCAAGUUGCCACCAUUACCAAACCCCAUGUCGACAAAAUUCGGGUUGUCGUUAAACCAUACACAAAGAAAGUAGUUCGGGCAUAUGGGAAGUUCCUGAAGUCAGCUACUACCUAUCAUCAGCAGGUGCAAGGAACUGUUCAAGAUACCCUGAAAAGGCAUGAGUUGACAGAAGCUCUCGCAACUAAAGAAUUCGUCUGGUUUGUGGCAUCAGCAAUAUUAGCCCUGCCUAUCAUUCUCCUGUCCAGAGUCUUCUCAGCUGUUUUCUGGUUGGUUUCCAAGAAAUCCAAGAGACCAACUAGAAGUGCCCAUUCUAGCCACUCCCGCCGGAAGGGUAAAAGGGUUCAUUCAGAAAAGUGAAAUGGCUGAAGGUCGCCUUUUGGUGCCUCCUGGCUCCUGUCAUGGCACGUUCGAGAUGUCACUAGCUCUCUUCCUGACUAGUUUUCGUCGUUCGGUGGAAAUCUUCGAGCUUGUGGGUGAAACUUCAAGAUCGUGACGAGGCUCUGGAUCUCCUUUAGUUUUUUAAUGUUUGUUGCCAAUGCCAGUCUAUGAGAAAGUGUGUAGAAGAACGAACACCCCAGUUUCAACACAAUAGAUGCAGCAGAUCUUCUGUACCGAUAAGAUUUAGAGCGAUGUAUUUUAUGGGGGCUAGAGAUGUAGUUGUCAGUUGUGACACAUUGUAUUUCUUUGUUUUGCACGGAUAGGUGGUAAUAUUUCAUUCAGAAAGUUAAAAAUAGCUUCAAUGUGUUGUGGUAACAUGACUUGUUAUGCGACGUCUUGUUUGUGUACACUUCCUUCAACAUGUUUG